CUAAACCACGCGGUUCCUCCCCCCCCCCCACCCCCCCACCCAUCGAAGCGGCGGCGGCCAUGGGCGCCCUCGCGGCGGCGGCGUCGCCGGCCAUCUGGCUCGUCGAGGACGACAUCCUCCUCAAGAACGCCGUCGAGACUGGCGCCUCAUUGGAGUCCUUGGCAAAAGGAGCCGUAUGCUUUUCUCGUAAAUUCACACUUAAAGAAAUACAGGAUCGUUGGAAUUCUUUGCUAUAUGAUCCAGAGAUCUCAACACAAGCUUCUGCUCGUAUGGUUGAGUAUGAGAAUGAUCUUUCCACGUCCAAUACUCUAAAGGCUAAACUUAUCAACUCGAAAGCAAAGGAUUUUUCAUUCCAGAAACGGAAAAUAGAUAGUGUGAAGAAUCAAUACUACGCCAUGAGAAAGAGAGUCCGCAAUGAACCAUGUAAUACCGAUGGCCUUGGUUUUCUUAUUGACCCUUGUUCAUGCACAAUGAAUGGUGCGCAGUGUGUAUGUGGAGGCCUGCUUAAACAUUCUCAAGGUCACCAUGUUGUUCAUAAUACAGAACCAGGGCCAAGUACAAUGAACUGCUAUGCGCAACAGGAUGGAAGGUACAAUGGCGGACAAACUAUGUAUGUUGGAAUAAAUGGGCAUUCUUUCCCUACAAAGCAUGCUGACACUGAUAGCAUAGUUAAAAGUGGGGAUAUUGCUAAUAGUGUCCCAUAUGGCCAUUCUGGUGUAGUUCAAAUAUAUGAACAAGAUGCAUACACACAAAAUGCCCCUGAUACUAGUGAAGGGAACAGUGUUUCUUUAAAGGGCAUCAUAGGUAUCACAGAUUUUCAGGGUUCUAUGCAAUUGCAGAAAUUGGACCCCAGCAAUCAAUGUGGCAAUGGAGUAACAGAAUCAAAAACAUUGGUGAUUGCUGAUCGCUGUGGAGUCGAACAUGUCCAUUUCCCUGUGAAUAGCAGUUCAAGAAUGCAAGAAUCUGGCCCACUCCAGGUUAUUGGCCAACCAGAGGGUUCUCAAACACCAGUUGGUUCAAUCUGGACUGAGGUUGAGGAAAGAGGCACAUUUACUCUUGACGAUGAUAAGAAAAUAAAGACAGCCAACAGUGACCCUUUGGCAUUGCAACCAAAUUUAGAUGGUGGGAUUUGUGAAGCUGGUUUAGAUCAGGAGGCCAUAGCAGAAGGUGAUUUCAUGGAUUUCCCCUUUUUCAGCAACAGUGAAGAUUUAGAUCUCCUGAAUGGUGAAAAUUUUUUGAAUAUUCCACAUGAGACAAAUCAGGAGGAUUUGGAUGAUACUGAUCAUGUGGAAAAUCUGUUGCAUCCUGAUGAGGUUAACAUUUGCUACGAUCAGGCAGAUCCUGAUUGUGUGAAGCAUAAUGCAGAUGUUUCUGACAUAAUCUCGACUCCUACUUCGUUGGAAGUGCCUUUUCCUGGUCGUUUUGUUGAAUGUGUGUUGAAUACAGAAGAUCCUGAAAUUCCUUGCAAUGAUGAUGUUGUUUUUCCUGAUGAGUAUCCUCUACAAUGCUCUGCUGCUGAUUUUGGUCAGAACUCUGAGCAGAAUAACUGUUUGGUUUCCCCUGCAACUAGCCCUGCAUCUAGUGUUGAACCUUCCAAUGUGGGUGACAAGGCCCUAGCAAAAAGAGAAGAUACAGCAAAUACCAAGCCUUCUUCACGACCAAUGAAUCUCAGCCCACCCACUUCAGAACAAAAUGAAGAUUCAGCAGCAAAUAAUAAAGGUUGUGUCCUACUAGGGGCUAAGCCAUCAGAAGGUCCUUCAACUGCUGGUGUACUUGUGCGUUGCAAAGUUGACACUAAUGAUUCAAACACAUGCACAACAAAUUUACCCGCUAUCAAUGCUGCUGUUUUUGCUGAAGGAUCACCUUACCGUUUAGAACAGCACAAUAAUUUUGAUAACUCACUGAGCUUUCCGUUACCCAAUUCAGUUGAAGUGCCUGAUCACAUGAAUUACAACUCACAUGGUAAUCAACCAGAAUUAGGAGAUGGGGCUCCUCUACAGAACUGCAUGCCAUCACAUGAAUUGCCAGAUUUGGGUCUUCAGGACCCCAUUACAACUGUUCCUGUAUCAAAUCAAGUAGAAGAAUUCUCUGACAAUGAAAAUGAUGUUCCAAACUACUACGAUCUAGAAGCUUUGAUACUUGAUCAAGAUUUAAUCCCAUGGGAUCAGGACUCUGAAUCGAAACAUCCAGAAGUUUCCAGAUUUCAGCAUCCAGAAAGCAGGAAAUCAUUGAUACGACUGGAGCAGGGUGCUAGGUCUUAUAUGAACAGAGCCAUUGUGUCCAAAGGUGCCUUCGCUAUUAUUUAUGGACUACACCUGAGAUAUUACAUGAAGGAUAGUGAGGUGACUCUUGGAAGAGAGACAGAUGAUAUCAAGGUUGAUGUUGAUUUGGGAAAAGAAGGGAGGGCAAACAAAAUAUCUCGCAGACAGGCGGUCAUCAAGAUGGAUGAAGCUGGUUCUUUUCAUAUCAGGAACAUUGGGAAAUGUUCGAUUUUCAUUAAUAGCAAGGAAGUACCAAGCUGCAAACGGACCAUCUUAAAUUCUGAUUCAUUAAUUGAGAUAAAGGACAUGAGGUUCAUUUUUCAUGUAAACCAGGACGCUGUAAGGCAAUUCAUCACCCAUACCCUGAAGCCAGAGCACUAGUUCCUGCUUGAUUUUCCCAGCACCUUGAGCAGCUCAAUGUCACAUUUUCUUCUUCACUGGGUACAUAGAGGUGUUUGUUCUGCUCUUGUACUCUCCUGUUCAAGCAGAAUGUGAUCAGCAACAAAGCUCUCAUCUCACUCACUCGGUGCCCAGUUUUUCUGUACCUGUAGUAUAUGUAAAUGUAGUAGUGUCAAGUCUAUUACUGUUAGGUACGUAUCUGUUGUAGUACAUGGUAUGCAACCUGUGGCAACAAGAAAGCUUCUCUGGAAUAUUCAUUCA